AUGCUGACAUUAUUUAGAAUAGCAACAGGGGACAACUGGAACGGUAUACUAGAGGUUAGUAAAUAUAAAAAGAACAUAGAAAUACUGUGGGACAGUCAUCUGGACAAUCUUUUAAACAGUAAUCCUCCCAUAUUUACAAUUGUGUUACGGCUAGUUAACUUGUCAAACGCCUUCAGUUGGUUAGAGCAGAAGGCCCGGGCUUGAUUGCCUGUCGGACGAACACACAGGGUCUUGAAGAAUUAACCAAUAAGGAAUCGUUGCUUUUGCUGUGACAUCUGCCAAUGGUAAUACCUUCACAUCCUGGCCUCUCGAAUAACGUUGAAAAACCCCUCCCAAACCACUUUCUUUGACGUCACAUCUCGUGAAACGAAAAGGAACUGCUAGGGGCAUAACAAUUCCUGGCAUGGUGCACGUGACCAUCUCUUUCAUGGAUUGUGGCAAGGCACAUCGCAGGAGACCUAUGGGUCCUAUUCGUGUUCAUUGCAAUUAAGCUGGUGUGUCCCCAGUAAAGCUUGGGAACAAAUAAUGAAUACAGUAAAGACCUAUGUGUAAGAACCUACAUCGUUUUAAGUGCGGCAAAUAAGGUUCUUAUAUUUUGGGGUAAUUUUUGGCAAUUUAGGCUAAGUAGGUUCUUAAUUAGGUUCUAAUUUCUAUAAAGGAGGUUAAGUUGUAAAAAAUAAAAAAAAAACUUGACUUUGGUCUUUAUAUAUACAGUUUAUUGACAACUGUACCUUGCAAACCACCUUUAUGCAAGGUCCAUGAAGCCAAUUAUAGUACUUUAUGUCAACCUGUUUUUGUUGUUGGAAUUUCAGUAGUACUUUCUUUUGUAAUUAACGUUUGGUAGACUAUUUUCUUGUAAUAUCAAUUUAGAAUCUCAAAGCUAAACUCCUUGGUUAAAAUGUUCAUCAUAAUUCAACUCUAACCCGCAUAUAAAAACCUGUCUGAUUUUGCUUGGCUAAACAGGUUCUUAUAUAUUUUGGGUAUUAAAGUGACAAAUUUCUGCCAACAGGUUCUUAAACCAGUAGGUUCUUACACGGGUUUUUUGCUGCAAUAAUUUUUAAAAUAAAUAAUUGUAAAUAAUACCGGAGUAGCUCAUGUUUAAUAGUAUCAUUCACUUUUCUUCCCAGGACACACUGCGCUCCAAAUGCUCCUCUGAAACUGAAUGUGAUAAAUACUGUUGUAUGAGCAAAUACACAGCACCUCUGUUCUUCGUUACGUUCGUACUGGCGGCUCAGUUUGUGUUAGUUAAUGUUGUCAUUGCUGUACUUAUGAAGCAUUUGAAAGAAUCUAAAGAAAAAAUUGCAGCAAACAUGGCCGCCAAAGACUUGGAGAAGAAACUCAAGUUAUUGACUUUAUCGGCAAAGAAUUUCAUUAAAGGAAAAACAAGGAAAAAUGACUUGCCCUCAAUUUCAAGACGUCGUUCCAUAGUGCAUCUGGGUUUAGGUGGAAUAGAACUUGCUCAGUUGAAAUAUUGUGAGCCGGAAAAUACAAUAGACAAAUCGUUUAUGACAGAAUUUUCUAGAGCUGAUGCAAUUUUCCAAGAAUAUAUGCGUUUAAAUGCUAAUCUUCAAAAGGCUAAGAUGAAGAUCGUCCGUACCUCUUCGCACAAUACUGUNCUCUUUGCGAAAAAGGCGUAA